AUGUCUGAUAUAACACAAGCAAAACAAUCAUACGAACUAUCUAUUAUGUCUUUCAAUGUAAGAGGCCUUAAAUCGACUUGGAAACAACAUGCACUAUCUGAGGACAGGAAGAAAUACAGGAUCUCGGUUGGAUGUCUACAAGAAACCAAAGUGAAGCUCGGGGAUGAGCAAGUUUAUGGGGACUAUCGCCUUAUUCUGCUGCCCUCUGAAUGCGGACACUAUGGCCAAGGCUUUGUGACACACAAACACUUAUCUACUUGUAUUCAUCGCUGCUGGAGAAUCACCAAUCGAAUAUCUGUACUACAAAUAAAUACCGGACACAAAUCCGGAAUGCUUUCCAUCAUUAAUGUUUAUGCUCCUCAAAGCGGCAGGAUCGCCAAGAAUCUCGACGAACUAGACUCCUUUUACGAGGAGCUAGCUAGGACACUCACAAGUCUGGAGGAUUUGUCCAUUCUAUUCAUCGCCGGGGAUUGGAAUGCCACAGUUGGCAUCCGCUCUGGGGACGAGCAGUUUAUUGGCAGAUAUGGCCGUGGGUACAGGAACCUUCCGGGCACUCUUCUGGCCCAUUUCUGUGAGACCUUUUCACUAUUUUUGUGUAACACGGCUUUCUGCCACGCUGCACGACAUCGGACCACAUGGACUGGAAGUAGAACAAAUGGGGCUGGUGAACCUACAUCAAUCUACAACCAAAUCGAUUAUAUUCUUUGUCGACAGACCGAUAAGGCAAGAACACAUGGGAAUUCAUUAUGA